AUUCCCUUAUCCUCAUAGCCCCACCCCUCUCAUAAACAAAAUCCUAACUCACUCUUCCACACAGCACUCCUGCUGCCUUCCUCAGCUCGAAACCUCUCCAAUGGCUUCCGCAACAGCAUCAAUACCGAUCUCCAACUUCCUCUCUCCUCCCACUCUCAGCCAACCCAAGCCACACACUAUCCCUAACCCUAACCCUAACCCACCGAAGAUCUCCGUAAGAGCCGCAAUCUCUCCGAAACCCAAACCCAACACCCCCCUCCUGCUUACUCUCAAGCCAUCUCCGGCGACCGCGAAGGAGAAAGCCAUUGCCGGACUCACCGCAGCUGCUCUGGUUGCAGCAAUGACGAUUCCUGAAAUAGCCGAAGCAGCUCAGCCUGGACUUUCGCCUUCUCUUAAGAAUUUUCUGCUCAGUAUUGUUUCAGGAGGUGUUGUUCUUGGUGUGAUCGUUGGAGCAGUCAUUGGUGUUUCUAAUUUCGAUCCGGUGAAGAGGACUUGAAAAAAAAAUUGCACUUUUGAAAAAAAAAUUGCACUUUUGAAAAAAAAAUUGUAUUUUUUUUUUAUCUUUUUCGUAUGUUUGCUGGUUUUAUAAUUAUGAAGUAAUUGUGAAAUUCUAUGGAGUUUUGAUAAUA